AGUGCUCGUCCUACUUGCAAAGCCCUCUCCGCGUGCACGGGCAGCAGGGCGAGUGCGCGCGCCCCGCCACUCUCGUUAUAGACAAAGCAAAACGACGUCUUCCAUAACAGCGAGGGCUGCAGACUUGAGGAACAAGCCGAAAUUAUCCAGGCACCGUCGCACUGAAUAUGGAUUUACAGCGGGUGUAGCAUCGCUGGAGACCGAGCCUUCUCGGCUGGGGGGGGUGGGGGGGUUUACGGACGGACGGCAGCGGAAAAAGCAACCAACGUAAACAACGUUUGUGUUGCUGUUUCGGGGGGUGCUUUUGUCUUGUCCACCUAACCACAGCAACCCCCCUCAUCGGAGCCGUUUCUAGUGCACGAUAUUCGGCUGGUGGCUUGGCUAGCUGCUGUCGGGAUGCAUCACCAUGUUAUCACCGACAAGUAGCCGCUAGGGCGACGGACUAGGAGGGAAACGCCGAAAGAGCCCCCUUCUCCAACACCCGCACACCCCUCUUGACCGAGGUCCCAACGGGCCGUCGCCGGGGACCCGAAUCCGUGUGAGCCACAGUAGUGGAGCCAGCUCCACUGUUGUCGGCGAGAUGGCGGAGCAAGGCUACUCGUCUUGGGCGUACUCUUUAGUCGACUCCAGCCAGGUGUCUACCUUCCUCAUCUCCAUCCUUCUCAUAGUUUAUGGCAGCUUCAGGUCAUUAAACAUGGACUGUGAGAACCAAGAGAAGGACAAAGAUGGCAAUCCCAUCACAACGGGCUCCUUCAACAACAGCAACACAAACAACAGUAUUCAGACUAUAGACUCGACGCAGGCACUGUUUCUACCCAUAGGAGCCUCCGUGUCUCUGCUCGUCAUGUUCUUCUUCUUUGACUCGGUCCAGGUGGUCUUCACCAUCUGCACGGCAGUGCUCGCUACAAUUGCUUUCGCUUUCCUCUUGUUGCCAAUGUGCCAGUAUCUGACGAGGCCCUGCUCCCCACAGAACAAGAUUUCAUUUGGCUGCUGUGGCCGCUUCACUCUGGCUGAGCUCCUGUCCUUCUCCCUCUCCGUCAUGUUGGUGCUCAUCUGGGUGCUGACUGGACACUGGCUCCUCAUGGACGCAUUGGCAAUGGGCUUGUGCGUGGCCAUGAUAGCCUUUGUGCGGCUCCCCAGUUUGAAGGUGUCGUGCCUGCUGCUGUCAGGGCUGCUCAUCUAUGACGUUUUCUGGGUUUUCUUCUCAGCCUACAUCUUCAACAGCAAUGUGAUGGUCAAAGUCGCCACACAACCAGCUGAAAACCCCAUUGACGUCCUGUCCAGGAAGCUGCACCUGGGGCCAGGGAUGGGCCGCGAUGUCCCCCGCCUCUCCUUACCUGGAAAACUGGUCUUUCCCAGCUCCACAGGAAGUCACUUCUCAAUGCUGGGAAUCGGAGACAUCGUGAUGCCAGGGCUGCUCUUGUGCUUCGUCCUGCGUUAUGACAACUACAAGAAGCAAGCGAGUGGGGAGGCCUCAGGGCCCGGGAACAUGCCGGGACGCAUGCAGCGGGUUUCCUAUUUCCACUGCACUCUCAUUGGAUACUUUGUGGGUCUUUUGACGGCCACUGUGGCAUCCAGGAUCCAUCGCGCUGCUCAGCCUGCUCUGCUCUACCUGGUGCCCUUCACCCUGCUGCCUCUGCUCACGAUGGCCUACCUGAAGGGGGAUUUGCGGCGCAUGUGGUCCGAGCCCUUCCACACCAAGCCCAGCUCUCGCUUCCUGGAGGUAUGAUGCACCUAGCCAAUUAGCGACCAGCAACCGGGGGGAGGACAGCGGACCCCCCACUCUCAUGGAAGAGCGGGGAAUGGAGGGGUGGGGGGAGUAGAGGGGGCGCCCUCACAGCGAGGCCAUGUCGUCACCACUCGUUCAUGCUUUCCACCGAUCUGCGGAGAACACCCCUCCCUCCCCCCCGCCCACCACCUCAGAAAGACACUAGUGUGUGAGUGUGUUUGUGUGGGGGGGGGGGGUCACAAAUGCCCCAACACACGACUCAUCUUCCUCCUCUUCCACUCCUCUUCAUCAUAGCACAUCCUGCUCGUGUUUCACUUCCCCUUCCUCCCGUCUUUCCUCCGUAUUGAUUUGUCACACCAGACCACAUGACCUCCCCCCGUUCCCCCCUCCCUUUGUGGACUUGCAGUUGUGAGACAUUGCGGGGGUUAUAUAUAUAUUUUUUUAGUAUUGUCGUGGUCAUUACUCUUGACAUUAUUAUUAUUAUUAUUUCAGAGUGAUGUCAAACAAGCACGGCGCGUCGCCGUGGACGGGAGGGAGCCAUGCAGUGAAAGAGAGGAGGGGAGCAUACGCACACAUACACACACGCGGACUCCUCCUCUCUGGUCAUCUGCUACCCUCGCUCCCAGUUCCACACAGACAGCAAUGUAUUUUAUUUAGAAAAGGUUUUAUUCUCUGCGUAUACAGAAAACGAUGCAUUAUUAAAUUGCGAAGCACACACCCGGCGGGCGUGGCUUCCAUUUGUAUAUAUGUGUACACAUGUAUUUUUGCCAUCUCUUGAGUUUGUAUUUGUGUUUGAGAGCAUGUUGAUCAGCGGGUGAGUUGAAACUGACGGCCGGUUGACUUAUGAACCUUUUGUUUGUUUGCUUGUGUGACAGAAGAAAAGAAAAGAAAAUCCCUCAAUUUUUGCAGCUGUUAGUUUCCUGCUCCUGUUCUUAAGUGUGGGUGUGUGAGUGAAUGAUGACGUGCUUUUAUUUUAUUUUAAUUCGGACUGGCUGUGACAAUAGUCAGGUUUGCAUCGACGUGGGCGGACUACUCUGACUCACCAUUGUGUAAACCUUUUUGUAAAAUAUGUACUAAACGUUUUUUGUUGUUGUUGUUGUUUUUCAUAAUAGGGGGACAAGUCCAGACAGGUGGAAAUAUACAGUGUUUUUAUAUAAAUAUUAUGAUGUUUCUUCAAAUAAAUGAAUGUUGACCGAA